AUGUUCUCACUUGUUGCCCAGUUGUCAGAUUCUCCACAAGCACCAUCCCCGCUCCAAAUUCUUCAAGCAGCAACUCAUGAUCGCCUCAUGCAGUCCGGAAAUGCGGCAUAUCAAAACCUUUUGUUGCGAAACACAAGUCUGGAGGCAGAAGCUCAAGCCUUGCGGAGUGCAUAUACCCAACUGAUCUCUUCGCAGUCCACCUCAUCCAGUCGGCUCUCCAAGGCUACACACAAAGUCUACCAGCAUGAAGAUUACCCUAACGUCACGAUUUGGACUGCCCAGGACUGGCAGGUGCACCCCAAAAACAAGAAGAAUGACGAAGCCGGCAUUCAUCAAGUCAGCACCAACCAAACCAGCAAGAAACCCAACGCGCCUCGUGCCUCAAUGUACUACAUCCAGAAGGAGGACAGUUCCUCCGUAACGGAGAUCGAGGCAGGACAAAUCUGCACGCAAGUGCGCCUCGUCUGGGAGGCUCUUCACACUCGUGGAAUUGCACCAGAUCGCUGGGGAAGGAUGUAUGCAUUUCGCAAGUAUCUAUGGUUCGGAGAAGGGGAUUGGAAGGCCCAACGACUCGCAAUCAACACUUAUCCUGGCUGGGCACGUGGGAGGGGUUUACUGAAAGGGCGGGUGAAGACAGAGGCAAAGGAGGAGCCUAUUGGUGAGAAUUUGGUUGGGGAAAGCAUUCAACAUAAGACGAAGAAGCACAAGGACCCCCCUACACCGACAUCGACUCCCAAGCCUGAGAAGUUGAUGAAAACGCCAGCAUCACUGUCAACAAACACCACGACAGGCACAACAAUGCCUGUUGCCAACACUGAUGGGCUGUUUGACGUCACCAUACCCUCAAUAGACCCCAUGCCACUCACCCAACCAGCAGUGGGUCAUCCCACUGCCCUCCUCUCGACUAUCGACAUCACCACACUCUCGGUAGACCCCAUGCCAGUCACUCAACCAGCAGUGGUUCCGACUGCCCCCCUCUCAACAACCGACGUCACCACAGCCUCAGUAGACCCCAUGACAGUCUCGACGAUUGCUCCCAUGACCCCCGCCGUGCUGGCAGCUCCCACCUCACUAUCAAGACCAACCUCACCCCUUGCCAAAGUGGACCAAGUCACAACUCCGGUCUCCCCCGUCUUACUGCCAAUGGGCCCAUCGACGACCACCUCAGUCACCGGCACCCCCAUCACAUCCAAAUCGACACCUGCAUCACCGCUCGCUCUUGUCACCACUGUCGAGAACCCUCUCACACACGUUGUGGCAAUUGACAGCACUUCAGUAGUUACCACCACCCUGGCAAUGGCCGCCCAUGUCCCAGACAACAUUGGGAACAAUGCUACUCCCCCAGGGCUGCCUUCUCCCAUUGUAACUCAAACGCCCCCUUCUCCCAUCCAGAAUGUCGCCAGUGAUUCCUCGCCGCUCCCUGUUGUUGAAUUAGCUCGAGUCACCGCCUCUCAGCCUCUCAAAAUCAAGUUGAAACUACUCAACCCAUUAUCCAAGUCUCUAGUACCUGUUCCUGCCUCCGGCGAGCCAGGCGCAGAAAGACUCUCCUCAGCCAGCCGUGUUUCAUCGAGCGACCCCACGCCUGCGCAGCCUCUAUCUUCAAAUGUUGUCAACACUAUCCCAGCCGCCACCGCCGCCGGUCCUUGGUUUAGAUUUCAGCCAAACAGCAAUUCUGAAAUAAACUUGUUUGGCCGCCACUUCUGCAAGGACUCGGCUCAGAAAGUUUCAUGCAAAGAGGUAACCGAUGUGUUCAACAACCUUUCUGAGGAGAAGAAGACGUGGGCUGAUCAGCGUGCCGAAAAUCUCACAGCCAAAAAGGAGAGGAGGAAGCAGGGUGCGGGGUCAUAUACAUAG